AUGUACCGGUACAUGAACAUGGAAUUGGGGGGGCAUGGGCAGCGGCGGCAGCGCUGCGGCAGAGUCCGUCAGUCCAUGGCAUGCGCUGGUCUGCCCCAACGUCACGCUCACACGUACCUCUUCUCACUCUCCACCACCGCCGCAUCGCACAUGGAGGCGUGGAAGUCUGGCGACCCCGACCUCAAGAAGCACCCCGUCGCGGCCCUCAGCGCGGCCGCCCUGCGAUGGGGCCUUGACCGCUUCCCGCUGAACCUCGUCGCCCCCGACUACGACACCAACGGGUGGUCCAACGGCACCAACGGGUGGUCCGACGGCACCAGUCUCUACUACCCGUGCGACUACAACAGCGACCAGCUGUGCACCACCACCACCACGUUCGCCUGCAACACCACCGCCUCCAACUGCACCUUCGUCACCGUCGACAGCGCCGGGCGCAGCUCCACCGGGCCCGCCGGCUCGAGCAUCGUCGGUCUCGCGCACGGCAUCACGUGCCUGGCCCUGAUCCUCGCGACAGCGGGGCUGGCCAUGUGCAUCGAGAGCAUGGGGCUCUUCCGCCGCAGGCCGAAACCCGACGCGGCACCGGCGCCCGAAGUGCGGCACCCGCCGCCGCCGCCACCGCACGACCGCGUCGACGUCGAGCUGACGCGACACUACAUCCCGCCGACCCGCCGCGCCGACCGCGCCGUCGAGCUCAACGGCCUGCUGUACACGGACCGCGCGGGCGAGGUGGCGCGCGCCGCGGCGCUGCUGCGCGCCAUGUUCGUGCUCGACAUUGACGUGUGGAACAAUGCGGCCGCCGUCCAGCGCGCCGACCUGCGCAAGCGUGACGAGGACAUGGCCGAGAGCAAUGCGCUGUUUGCGGAGCUGCGCAGGACCGUGCAGGACUGGGCCGACCGCGCGUACGAGAUUAGGUGGACGGACGAGGAGCGGGCGCAGGUCGAACAGAUACGGGAUGUCGUUUUGAGCUUUCCGGCCGAGAGGCAUGUUUUGGGUUGA